UUUGGACUCCACAAUAAGUGCCCUUAGAAGGAAAGCCCGUCAGUCUGCGAACAGGGGAGCAUUUAUUUAUUUAUUUAUUUAUUAAUUUUAAGGCUCAGACUGACUCCAGCUUAAAAACAACAACUCCGUCAUUAGAUUCACUUCUCUGCUACAAGAUUUUUAUUUAUUUAUCAUUAUUCUUUGCGUAAUACCGUUGGACUCCGUAUUUUAUAUAUAUUUUUCUUUUUAGGAUAAUCUCCGCAAGUCUCUAUCUGAUAAUAGCAGCAGGAGAUCCGCGGUGCGGUGGAGGGUGAGAGCGGGGAGAGGGGGGCGUUGAUCUGCUGAAGCCGCGCAGGGAGCGGCGGCGGCGGCUGCGACGCUCGGGGACAUGGAGAUGCUGCGGCGCUCCUCCGUGUUUGCGGCCGAGGUGUUCGACCGGUCUCCCACCGACAAGGAGCUGGUGUCCCAGGCUAAAGCGCUGUGCAGGGACUACAUCCACUCCAGGCUGAACCGCGCCGGGAUCGGCUGGUCCAGACCUGAGCAGGGAGUGGCGGCGUCCGGAGGAAAGCUGGCGGAGGUGUCCCUGGUGGUUCAGUGGCUGGGUGACGAGUUGGAGUACCUCCGUCCCAACGUUUACCGCAAUGUGGCCCGGCAGCUGAACAUCACGGUGGCGGUGGAGGGCGUGGUGUCCGACGCCUUCAUGGCUGUCGCUGCGGACAUCUUCUCAACAGGAGUGACGUGGGGGAAGGUGGUUUCCUUGUACGCCGUGGCGGGAGCCCUGGCAGUGGACUGUGUGCGCCAUGGUCAUCCGGCCAUGGUUCACACCAUCGUGGACUGCAUGGGGGAGUUUGUCCGCAAGAGUCUGACCCCCUGGUUGAAGAAAAGAGGAGGAUGGGCGGACAUCACGAAGUGCGUGGUGAACACCGGCCCCACCCUGUACUCCCACUGGCUGGUGUCCGCUGCCUUUGCGUUUGGACAUUACCUGAAGGCCGUGGUGUUGUACCUUCUCAGAGAGAAGUGAAAAGACUCCGCCAGCGCCACCAGAGCCUCCGCCGUGUGGGACCAACGUUUACACUGUUUUGCACUGAGCCUCGGUCGACGGGCCGCUGAUCUCCUGUCUAUUUAUUGUUGGCGCUGCUUGUGUUAGGGCACGCUUUUUUAAAUUGAGAUUACGCAAUCACACUUUGGAACUCUUUUAAAAAGAAUUAUUAUUAUGUUUUUUUUAGAAAAACUCUUUUUUUUUCUCAAGCUGCUGCACUGUAUGUAUUCCUGUAUGGGGGACUUGCAUGCCACCUUGUGGUAAUUAAGGGCAAAUGCUUCACAUCGAUGAAUAACCAAGACAUUUAUUUAUUUGAACAAGAGUGUGGAGAAAAUUAUUAGAGAGGUUAAAGUUCAAAACAUUGAAAUGAUUGUUUUGGGAAAGCAGUUCAAAAAUGUAUUUUGCCAUGAAGUACAAAGGUACACUAAAGAGUGCAUUGCAAAAGUAUUCACACCCGUUAAGAGUAAAAAAUGUUUUUAUGUCACAACCAUGCAGUGUAACUUAUUUCACUUAAAUUUUAGGGGAUAGACCAAAACCAGAUAUCGUUUAUGUUUUAAAUAGCUACCUUUAUUCUUGACCGCUGUUUUCCUUAAUGCUUUUUCACUAAUUAUCUCUAUCAGAGGCCUUCAGCUGAGUUCAUACUGAGAUGAAAUUACACACAAAGGUGGACUCUAUUUGCUAAUUAGGUGAAAUUUGAAGGUAGCUGAUUGAAUUUGAAAAGUGGGUGGAAAACAAAUGCAAAACACUUUUUUUGUUGUUGUUAAUAAAGCAUGUGUAAAUUUCCUUCCAUUUCAAAAACAUCAACGAUGUUGGGUUUGUCUACCACUUAUAAUCACCGUAAGGUUAGCAGAUGUUAGAAAUUCCAAGGAGGUUCAAUACUUUUGCAACGCUCUGAUUCACAUGGGAAAUUUUACAUUACUUUCUCACGACUCUUAUUUUUCUGCUGCUUUUCAGUUUUAAAAAAAAAUGUAUAUCAACGAACAAAGAAAUUAUUUAAGAAAGAUUAAAGAUGAGUUCCUAGUGAGGGGUUUCCGAGCAGGUUUCCCUCCAUCUCUAUGGUUACCACUACUGUUGCUGCACUGUAAAAGGAGUUGUUAAGUGAUGAUACACAUGCAGUUUGUAAAUACAUUUUAUUCCAUGAAUAAUUUCACUGCUGUGUGUAGCAUUAAGCAACCUAUUAAAUAAAUGUUUGUCAGAACUGUAAAUAGCAAUAAAUGGUAUAAAAUUAGUUUUUA